AUGGAAAAACUACUACAGCCGCUCAGAGAACAAGGCGUGAUUGAUGAUAAUUCUUUAGGAUCAAUGCCCAAGAAGCAGCGCCUGAGCAAUGGUGCUACUUUCGACAUAUUUAGUGCCAAUCCUGAUACCGGUAUGGCUUCUUCACCUGAAAGAGCAUACAUACCCCCCGCCUCUCCACCGAGCUUAAAAAAAUUAUCAAACUUGGAAAAUUAUGACACGUAUCAAAAUCCGAUCCAACAAACAAAUAUCUGGGAACAACCGCAAUUGAACGUUCAUAAUGGACAAUUAUCACCAUGUGACGAUGUUUCCGCCGACCAUUCAAAAAUUGUCGACGAAUCAGAUGACAACACAUGUCAAGCAAAUCAUAAAGGUGACCUUUUGUUUUUUGGCAAAACAGCGGCUCACCCCGGUUUUAGACGCUUGGGCGAAUGUAUCCCCCCCGACGAUGAAGCGACUCAGAAUUUAUCUGUGAAUGAAACGUCGCUUCCCAACGCGGCUCAAUCAGGGAUAUAUAACGCGUCAAUGUUUAAUCAAGCACUACUUGCAUUUCCUCGUGGAGACGGUUAUCCGCCAAGCGAAAUUACAGAUCAUUUAUUCUUGUGCUUUUUUAACCACAUGAUCAACCACACACCGAUGUUUCAUGAGCCUACGUUGAAGCACAGACUAAGGACAAGGAAAGCUUCGCCCUUCCUGGUUUGGGCUUUGUGUGCAUUAGCUGCUCGUCAUUCUGAUUUACCAGGUAUUGCGAAAGAUCCGCCUCAUUCUGCUGGUGAAGUUUUUGCUGAAAGAGCGAUUUCAUACAUGCCCGAGUCAUUUGAUGAUCCCAAUGUCGAAAGUGUUCAAGCUAUCCUUCUACUCUGCAUGCAUAGUUUCGGAUCGGCGAGAGGACCACGUUCAUGGAUGUACACCGCAAUGGCCGUAAGAAUGGCCCAGGCAUUAGGAAUGCAUAAAGAGUUCGCUCCCGUAUCGUGCAUUUAUGCUAAGAAAGGAAAUUCUCAUCAAGCGUUUAUAUACCGCGAAAUCCGCCGAAGGGUCUUCUGGGUUUCUUUCGUUAUUGACAGAUUUGCUGCGUGUGCACUCGGCCGCCCAACAAUAAUCGAUGAAGGCGAUGUCGAGAUAAGACAACCAUGUGAUGACAAAGAAUGGCGUAAGGAGCAUCCAGCCAUAAGUGACAUGAUGGAUGACCGCCCAGCAGAAUCACCAGUAAAAUGUGGAAAACGAUUUAUUCUCUCCACCGAUGGUAUAUUCGCUUCACUAAGCAGCGUCAGCAUAUUGCUUGGCAGAGUAGGGCAGUACAUUAACAGAAUGCGAUCGGCCGAUGCGUUGCCCGUGUGGGAUUCAAAUUCAGAAUUUGCUCAAUUGGAAAAUCAGUUGGAGUCUUGGUACACAAGUCUCAGUCCAGAAUUGAAAUGGUCGUCGGAUACGCUCAAAUAUCAUGUUGAAAACGGUACAAUUGGGGCAUAUGCUGCCAUACAGACGCUAUAUCACGUUUCUAUAGUGGUAUUAAAUAGACCGAAUGUAGCAACUCUUCAAACAGGAGCAGCUCCGGCGUCUCAGUUGGCUUUCUUUCAGACUUCAGCUGAGAAGUGCUCAGAUUCUGCAAGACGGACGACUAAAAUUGCAGAAGCCCUUAUCGAAGCGAAAUGUACGAAUCUCUGCCCGUUUACGUUAUAUCCAAUCUUCGCCACUGCUACUAUGCAUAUUAAUGACACAUUUAGUAAUGACAAGACCGUAGUGGAAAUUGCUCAUCAAGGUCUGAACAUAACUGAACGAUAUCUUGAAAUGGUGCGACCGUAUUGGAACAUAGCUGGAAAGCUCAUACAUAUGCUUAAACAAAUGCGUAAAUGUCGCACCGAAGAUAUCAUGUGCCCCGAGAGUACCGAUUCUGGUUUAAUGGAAUACUGGAAUCGUGCCCACGUACCUUCGAAACCGAGCUCCAAACCGGAUACCUCGUUUCAGGACGUUAUUCCUGAUUCGAAUCUAGCUGGUCUGUCUUCGUUUGUGGUACCCGAUUUCCUAUCUCCGCGGUAUAUGGCCUCAACUGAAUUUUCAGAGCCGUGGAUGAACUUUAUGCGAAGCCCUGGAAUAAUAAGUCCUCGAUCGCUCAUGCGACUCAACAGAAGAGAUCCGGUGGAUGACAACGUGUAUAACAACCAGGAUGAUUAUUUUUCGCAAGAUAUGACGUUGUAUAAUGUUGUAAGCAAUCAGUUUACCUAUGAAGGACUAACCGAUCCGUUGGUAACGACAUCGCUAUCUGAUCUGUCUCCGACACGAUUAUACCGCAUAUCUAGUCCCUUCCGACAGUUGGUAGAUCAGCAAGGACUUGGUGGCGGGAUUCUAAAAGAAAUUACUACGCAAAGCGGGACAAACUUAUCAGCUGGCCUUGCGAGUCCGGUUAUUGACAGUCUUGAUGCGAACUUUUACGACAAUUCAAAUUUAGAGGGAGAGGAUAGUCGGAAUGACAACCGCGACAAACACAUGUUACCUGUGGCUUUGUGA